CUCCGCAAGCGAAUUGGAGUGUCUCUUAUAUUCACUCGACCGGCGCACGCGUAACUUCACCAUAAAGUAAUUUUAACAUUAUGAAACAAUACAUAAACAAAACUUUUUAUUUACUUGUGACUUUAUUUUUAUUAGUUCGAUCAGAAUACAGCGUGGCAAAUAAACAGGACAGUGUAAAUAAAACAUUGGAUCGAUUACACGAAACAGAAGUACCAGACAGCGCAUUAUUAACAUUAGAUCGUAUAAAUUUAAAAAAUAUAGCUACUAUAUCACAAUAUGCAAGACAUAACAAAAUUUCCAAACAAGACGAACAGAAUUCAACAUCUACGUCUGAAAAUGAACGUUGCACUUGUAGCCAAGGAGUGUGCAAAUGUUGCACUGGAUAUUUUAUGGAUCUGUUUAACCAGAAAGCAUGCUUGAAAGUGAUAUACACUCCGGGAGACUUCGCUUUUGAUGUUGUUAUGAGUUUAAAUGACAGAAUUCUUUAUGAAAAUUCUAUGUCAGGUAAAAAUCCCAAGCCAAUUUGCAUAAGUCCUCCCAGAUUGUCGAACUUAAAAGUGUGCGCUAAAAUGUAUGAUGUAUUUUUCCCCGGAAGGAACUUUCACUUUUGUUUGGCUAUGACUGGGCAAUGGCGGUCAGUCGAGCUGUUCAAUAUGGCAUUUGAUUGCUUAAGAAUGGGCGCAAAUGGAAUAGCAAUGUCAAAGCCGGGAGAUGGAGGUGAUCUUGUCUACGUGAGUCCGCAGGGUGGGUACAAUGCCGUUGUCGACGACGAUACUGAUGAUAUAGAAGAAUACGACGAGAAUGUAGUUCGAUCCUUAUUGGAUUUGUUUGAAAGAAAAUAAGUUAAUAGUACCUUAAUUAUCCAAAGCUAUUUAUUGUAA